CUGACCUUUAAGCCUGCGAGGUGCAGACGGCCGUGACCCCCCAGCGUGGAGGUGCAGUAACACCCCCGCAUGGUGGCCAGCCUUUAGACGUGUGUCUGCCUCAGUCGCUCAUGUGCGGCGCAUGCGCAGACCGCCGCUGACGUCUACGCCGGUAGUGACGUGAAAAUGGCGUCCCCGGCGUCCCGGCUCUCCGCACGCUGCUUGUCUUCCGGACGCCGCUGCGCUGCUUUUCUGAACGUCCUCGCCAGACAUGCGGCGGCAUGUUCGGCCGCUUUGUCGCAGUCACACGGCGGGGGGGAAGCGGUCAGCUGUCGGGCGUGGACACCCGGAAGUGCCGUGACAUUGGGAGCGCUGAGAGGCUCCAGAUGUCCUCCUGGCAUCUCCUGCCUCUCCUUUCACAGCAGCAGCCGCUCAGCAAGCAGGCAGGACUUGUAUGAAGUGUUGGGUGUGUCCCGCUCUGCCUCCCAGAAAGACAUCAAGAAGGCCUACUACCAGUUGGCCAAGAAGUACCAUCCGGACACCAACCCAGAUGAGCCCGACGCCAAGGAGAAGUUUGCCCAGCUGGCUGAAGCCUACGAGGUGCUGAGUGACGAGGUGAAGAGGAAGCAGUAUGACACCUACGGAGCGGCGGGCUUCGACCCCAGCCGAGCCGGGUCGGCAGGCCAGCAGCAGUACUACAGGGCGGGGGGGACCAACAUCGACCCCGAGGAGCUCUUCAGGAAGAUCUUUGGGGAGUUUUCUGGAGGCCGAGGCUUCGCCGACAUCAACAACAUGUUUGAACAACGGCCCGAGUUUGUGAUGGAGCUGAGCUUCUCGGAGGCAGCCAAGGGCGCCAGCAAGGAGCUGAGCGUCAACAUGGAGGACAAAUGUCCUCGCUGCGAUGGCCGGGGCAACGAGCCGGGCACCAAAGUCUCCCUCUGCCACUACUGCAACGGCACCGGCAUGGAGACGAUCAACACGGGUCCGUUCACGAUGCGCAGCGGCUGCCGGCGCUGCGGCGGGACGGGCUCGAUCAUCAGCACGGUGUGCGCUCUGUGCCGAGGGUCCGGCCAGACCAAGAAGAGGCAGACGCUCACCGUCCCUGUGCCUUCAGGAGUGGAAAACGGUCAAACAGUUCGCAUGUCGGUGGGACAGAAAGAAAUCCUCAUCACAUUCAGAGUCCAGACGAGUCCGGUGUUCAGGCGCAGCGGAACCGACCUGCACUCAGACGUGAUGAUCUCUGUGGCUCAGGCCAUCCUGGGGGGCACAGCCACGGCCCCCGGCCUGCACCAGACCAUCAGCAUACUGGUGAGAGGUCUAUUAACCAUCAGCAUACUGAUUCCGGCCGGUUGCCAGGCCGACCAGGUGAUCCGUCUCCAGGGGAAAGGCAUCCGGAGGAUGAACAGCUACAGCUAUGGAGACCACUAUGUGCACAUCAAGAUCAAAGUGCCCAAGAAGUUGACUCGUCGUCAGCGCUCUCUGUUGCUAAGCUACGCCGAAGACGAGGCGGAUGUUCAGGGGACGACAAACGGCGUUGAGCGGCCUGCAGCAGGGGGCAGCAGGAGCUCACAGUCUGGUCCCGGGUCCGGCGGCUCGGAGGAAGAAGAGCAGCAGCACCAGAAGAUGAAGGAGGAGGAGGAGGAGAAGGAGGAGGAAGGCUUCUUCUCUAAGCUGAAGAAGAUGUUCAGCUGACAGGUUGGAUCUUCAGACCCUCGGUCACAUGCCAAUAAUAAGGAAGCAGACAGCGGUUCACAUGUGGAGAUGAAGAUCAAGAACACGGUGCGUCCACGCUGUGGUUACCGUGGUUACCCAGGCUGCUUUCUGUCUUCUCACCAGGCUGUGAUGUCAUACGGCGUCUCCUCAUGUCCUCGUUGGAUUAAACGCUGCAGCGGAUUCAGGAAGUGUCGGUUCUUCAUUAUCAGCCUGCUCCCACCCUGCUAGUGAAGGAGAAAGGAGUCAAGGAGACAUUUGGAACAUGAGCCUGAAUCAGCGGCUUGUUGUUCCAUCAGAUGAGGAACAAAAGGUCAGCCAAGGAGACAUGGAUCCUACGGUGCUCUUAGUGAUGAGUCCUCCAGCUGCAGAUCCACACACGAGGAUGGAGGAGACGAGGAUACAACCCGAGGACCUGAGGAGACAAGCAGCAGCCUUUCAACAUUAGACAGAAAGAUGUUUGCAUCUAAAACAAUAAUGAAGUCCAUUUGAAUGUGUGAGAUGCUAAGAUGCUAUGCUAACUUAGCAUCUUAGCUUAUAGCUUGCCAGGCUGUGCUACCUACUGAGCUAAAAGUGUAAAAGUUUCAGCUUUGCUUCCUUCUCUGUAAUCACAUUUAAAGUAAAAUGACCAUCUGCUCCAUCUGGUAGUUUAAUAAAACCUGGUUUCAAAUGGUUUUUGGUUCUUAAUCGGAAAUAAAAAUAUAAUACAUUUGGGAAUGUAGUAGAUUCCGUAGUAGGCCCUGUUUGCUUCGCCUCUCCGUUGGUAUUUUGUGUUUUGUUCUGACCUGUGAUCAAUUGUUCUUGAGUCUCAAACUCCUUUACUGUCCUU